CGCGGCGGAUACAGGUUGGCUGUUUCCUGUCUGGCGUGUGUGUGAACUCACACUAGGAGCUGGGCAGACCACUGUCUGCGCUCUUUCUUGCUUAGUGGCUGAUCCCAGCCACAGCCAUGGCCUUCGUACCUGCCCCUAGCCCCACAGUGGUGGACCAGACCACUCUGAUGAAAAAGUACUUGCAGUUUGUUGCAGCACUCACAGACACCAACACCCCGGAUGAAACAAAGCUGAAGAUGAUGCAGGAGGUCAGCGAGAACUUUGAGAAUGUGACAUCUUCGCCUCAGUAUUCUACUUUCUUGGAGCACAUCAUCCCUCGCUUUCUCACGUUUCUUCAGGAUGGAGAAGUGCAAUUCCUCCAAGAAAAACCUACUCAGCAAUUAAGAAAAUUGGUGUUAGAAAUAAUUCACCGCAUUCCAACAAACGAACAUCUUCGUCCCCACAUCAAAAACAUUCUGUCAGUGAUGUUCCGGUUUUUAGAGAUUGAAAGUGAGGAGAAUGUGUUGAUCUGUCUUCGCAUUAUAAUUGAGCUGCAUAAACAGUUUCGUCCUCCAAUCUCUCAGGAGAUUCAUCACUUUUUGGACUUUGUAAAACAGAUUUACAAAGACCUUCCGAAAGUGGUGGCUCGCUAUUUUGAGAAUCCUCAAGUGAUAGCUGAAAACACAGUUCCCUCUCCAGAGAUGGUGGGAAUGAUCACAUCUGUGUUGGUUAAAACAGCUCCAGACAGAGAGGACAGUGAAACAAGAACACACACCAUCAUACCCCGGGGCUCACUGUCUCUGAAGGUGUUAGCAGAGCUGCCCAUUAUAGUGGUGCUGAUGUAUCAGUUGUACAAACUCAACAUUCACAAUGUGGUGUCAGAGUUUGUGCCUCUCAUCAUGAACACCAUCAUGCUGCAGGUGUCUCCACAAGCCAGGCAACACAAACUCUUUAACAAGGAGCUCUAUGCAGACUUCAUUGCAGCACAGAUCAAGACUCUGUCAUUUCUUGCCUACAUCAUCCGCAUCUACCAGGACCUUGUGGGGAAAUACUCUCAGCAGAUGGUAAAGGGUAUGCUGCAGCUGUUGACGAACUGCCCCUCCGAGACGGCACACCUCCGCAAAGAGCUUCUUAUAGCAGCCAAGCAUAUCCUCACCACCGACCUGCGGAGCCAGUUCAUUCCAUGUAUGGACAAACUUUUCGAUGAGUCCAUCUUGAUUGGCUCUGGCUACACUGCCCGUGAGACUCUGAGACCCCUGGCUUACAGCACACUGGCAGACCUGGUGCACCACGUUCGUCAAAAUCUACCCCUGACAGAUUUGUCCCUGGCUGUCCAACUGUUCGCUAAGAACAUUGAUGACGAGUCGCUCCCCAGUAACAUACAGACCAUGUCCUGUAAGCUGCUCCUGAACCUGGUUGACUGCAUUCGCUCCAAGUCUGAACAGGAGAACGGCAAUGGAAGAGACAUUCUCAUGAGGAUGUUGGAGGUAUUUGUGCUGAAGUUCCACACCAUUGCACGUUACCAGCUUGUGUCAAUAUUCAAAAAGUGCAAGCCUCAGUCUGAAAUGGGAGUGGUUGAUCCUGGCGCCUUACCCGGAGUACCAGCCACCCCUACCCCAUCCACUACUCCCGCACUCCCCCCGCCAGCGCCCCCCACCCCAGUCGCUGCCCCUCCUCAGCCUCCCGUUACCCCCUUCGACAGGGCCGGGGACAAGGAAGACAAGCAGACGUUUCAGGUGUCCGACUGUCGCAGUUUGGUCAAGACUCUGGUGUGCGGAGUCAAGACCAUUACUUGGGGCAUCACUUCUUGUAAAGCCCCAGGAGAGGCUCAGUUCAUUCCUAACAAGCAACUUCAGCCAAAAGAGACGCAAAUCUAUAUCAAGCUGGUGAAAUAUGCCAUGCAAGCCUUGGAUAUCUACCAGGUGCAAGUAGCCAAUAAUCAGCAGACAUAUAUCAGAGUGGCCAACUGUCAAACUGUUCGAAUGAAGGAGGAGAAGGAGGUCCUGGAGCACUUUGCUGGAGUCUUUACCAUGAUGAAUCCACUCACUUUUAAAGAGAUCUUCCAGACUACCGUGCCCUAUAUGGUGGAAAGGAUAUCAAAGAACUAUGCCCUUCAGAUUGUGGCAAACUCUUUCCUCGCCAACCUGUCCACAUCCGCCCUGUUUGCCACCAUCUUAGUGGAGUAUCUUUUGGAAAGACUUCCAGAAAUGGGAUCCAAUGUUGAGCUCUCAAAUCUCUACCUUAAACUCUUCAAGCUGGUUUUUGGAUCAGUGUCACUCUUUGCUGCUGAGAAUGAGCAAAUGCUUAAGCCUCACCUCCACAAAAUAGUUAACAGUUCAAUGGAGCUGGCCCAGUCAGCAAAAGAACCAUACAACUACUUCCUGCUUCUGCGUGCCCUUUUUCGGUCCAUUGGUGGAGGUAGCCAUGACCUGCUCUACCAGGAAUUUCUACCGUUGUUACCAAAUCUUCUGCAAGGUCUGAACAUGCUGCAGAGUGGCCUUCACAAGCAGCACAUGAAGGACCUGUUUGUGGAGCUGUGUUUGACAGUGCCAGUGCGCCUGAGCUCGCUGCUGCCCUACCUGCCCAUGCUCAUGGACCCAUUAGUGUCUGCCCUCAAUGGCUCCCAGACUCUGGUCAGCCAAGGCCUUCGCACCCUGGAGUUAUGUGUGGACAAUCUGCAGCCCGACUUUCUGUACGACCACAUUCAACCUGUUAGAGCAGAGCUAAUGCAGGCUUUGUGGCGUACUCUUCGCAACCCAGCUGAAAGUAUAUCACAUGUGGCUUAUCGAGUUCUGGGCAAGUUUGGAGGCAGCAACAGGAAGAUGCUGAAAGAAUCACAAAGACUACUCUAUAUUGUCACUGAAGUCCAAGGUCCCAGUAUUAAGGCAGAGUUUACUGACUGCAAAGCAUCUAUACAGCUGCCUAUGGAAAAGGCAAUUGAAACAGCUCUGGACUGCUUGAAGAGCGCCAACACAGAACCAUACUAUCGUCGACAAGCUUGGGAGGUCAUCAAGUGUUUCCUGGUGGCCAUGACCAGUUUGGAUGACAAUAAGCUUACUCUCUACCAGCUGUUAUCUCACCCCAACUUCACAGAGAAGUGGAUCCCCAAUGUCAUCAUCUCUCACCGCUACAAAGCACAAGACACACCGGCCCGCAGGACGUUUGAGCAGGCCCUGACCGGGGCGUUCAUGUCAGCUGUGAUAAAGGACCUGAGGCCCAGCGCAUUGCCCUUCGUGGCCAGCCUCAUACGGCAUUACACUAUGGUCGCUGUGGCCCAACAGUGUGGUCCGUUCCUGCUGCCUUGCUACCAGCUUGGCAGUCAGCCCAGCACAGCCAUGUUCCAUAGUGAGGAGAAUGGAUCAAAGGGCAUGGACCCACUGGUUCUCAUUGAUGCCAUAGCCAUCUGUAUGGCCUAUGAAGAGAAGGAGCUCUGUAAGAUCGGAGAGGUGGCUCUUGCGGUCAUCUUUGAUGUGGCCAGCAUCAUCCUGGGCUCCAAAGAAAGGGCUUGCCAGCUGCCCCUGUUCUCUUACAUAGUGGAGCGUCUGUGUGCCUGCUGCUAUGAGCAGGCCUGGUAUGCCAAGCUUGGAGGUGUGGUGUCUAUCAAGUUCCUGAUGGAGAGACUGCCUCUGGUCUGGGUCUUACAGAAUCAGCUGACUUUCCUCAAAGCUUUGCUCUUUGUCAUGAUGGACCUCACAGGAGAGGUCUCAAAUGGUGCUGUAGCUAUGGCCAAAACCACUCUGGAGCAGCUGCUGGUGCGCUGUGCCACCCCUCUAAAGGAUGAGGAGAAGAGUGAGGAGCUGCUAGCUGCUCAGGACAAGUCCUUCCACAUGGUGACCCAUGACCUGGUGCGGGAGGUCACUUCCCCCAACUCCACUGUGAGGAAACAGGCCAUGCACUCGCUGCAGGUGUUGGCCCAGGUCACCGGGAAGAGUGUGACUGUCAUCAUGGAGCCACAUAAAGAGGUUUUGCAAGACAUGGUUCCUCCAAAGAAACAUCUCCUCCGUCACCAGCCUGCCAAUGCUCAAAUCGGUUUGAUGGAAGGCAACACGUUCUGCACCACUCUUCAGCCACGCCUUUUUACUAUGGACUUAAAUGUCAUGGAGCACAAGGUCUUUUAUACUGAGCUGUUAAACUUGUGUGAAGCUGAGGACGCUGCUUUGAUGAAACUUCCCUGUUACAAGAGCCUUCCAUCUCUGGUUCCUUUGCGCAUUGCUGCUCUUAAUGCCUUGGCUGCUUGUAAUUACCUGCCACAGUCCAGAGAAAAGAUCAUUGCGGCUCUGUUCAAGGCCCUCAACUCCACAAAUAAUGAGCUGCAGGAAGCUGGAGAGGCAUGCAUGAGGAAGUUCCUUGAAGGUGCCACCAUUGAAGUGGACCAGAUCCACACUCACAUGCGCCCCCUGCUGAUGAUGCUGGGAGAUUAUCGCAGCCUGACCCUCAAUGUGGUGAACCGUCUGACUUCUGUGACACGCCUUUUCCCCAACUCAUUUAAUGACAAAUUCUGUGACCAGAUGAUGCAACACCUGAGGAAGUGGAUGGAGGUGGUGGUAAUAACGCACAAGGGAGGCCAGCGCAGUGAUGGCAGUGAGAUGAAGAUCUGCUCGGCAAUCAUUAACCUCUUCCACCUGAUCCCAGCCGCUCCCCAGACCCUGGUGAAGCCACUGCUCGAGGUGGUGAUGAAGACAGAGCGAGCCAUGCUUAUAGAGGCUGGCAGUCCGUUCAGGGAGCCUUUGAUCAAGUUCCUGACGCGGCACCCAUCUCAGACCGUGGAGCUCUUCAUGAUGGAGGCCACUCUCAACGACCCUCAAUGGAGCCGCAUGUUUAUGAGUUUCCUCAAACACAAAGAUGCCAAGCCACUAAGAGAUGUGUUGGCAUCUAAUGCAAAUCGUUUUGUCCCCCUCCUGGUUCCUGCUGGUACUGCAGCCACCGUUCGUCCUGGAUCCCCUUCCACCACCACUGCCCGAUUGGAUCUACAGUUCCAGGCCAUCAAGAUCAUCAGCAUCAUUGUAAAGAAUGAUGAAGGGUGGCUGGCAGGCCAACACUCUCUGGUCAGCCAGCUCAGACGGGUCUGGGUGAGCGAGGCCUUUCAGGAAAGACACCGCAAAGACAAUAUGGCUGCCACCAACUGGAAAGAGCCAAAGCUUCUGGCCUAUUGCCUUCUUAGUUAUUGCAAAAGGAACUACUCUGAGAUUGAGCUGCUAUUCCAGCUGCUGCGGGCCUUCACAGGGCGUUUCUUGUGCAACAUGACUUUCCUAAAGGAAUACAUGGAAGAGGAAAUUCCCAAGAACUACUCCAUUGCCCAGAAACGAGCCCUCUUCUUCCGCUUUGUUGAAUUCAGUGACCCUCACUUCAAUGAUGAGCUCAAAGCAAAGGUUUUGCAGCACAUCCUGAACCCUGCCUUCCUGCAUAGUUUUGAGAAAGGUGAAGGCGAGCAGCUGCUUGGACCGCCCAACCCCGAAGGAGACAAUCCCGAGAGCAUUACCAGUGUCUUCAUCACAAAGGUUUUGGAUCCAGAGAAGCAGGCCGAUCUGCUGGACUCGCUCCGGAUUUGCCUGCUGCAGUUCUCCACUCUGCUGGUGGAGCAUGCACCGCACCACAUCCAUGACAAUAACAAGUCACGCAACAGCAAACUGCGUCGCCUCAUGACCUUCGCUUGGCCCUGUCUGCUGCCCAAAGCCUGUGUGGACCCAGCUUGCAAAUACAGUGGCCACUUACUACUGGCCCAUAUCAUCGCCAAGUUCGCCAUUCAUAAGAAAAUUGUUCUACAGGUCUUCCACAGCCUGUUGAAGGCUCAUACCAUGGAGGCUCGGGCCAUUGUCCGUCAGGCCAUGGCCAUUUUGACUCCGGCUGUGCCUGCUCGGAUGGAGGAUGGACACCAAAUGUUGACCCACUGGACACGCAAAAUCAUAGUGGAAGGACACACUGUACCACAGCUGGUGCACAUUCUUCACCUCAUAGUGCAGCACUUCAGGGUAUACUAUCCGGUACGCCACCAUCUGGUCCAGCACAUGAUCAGUGCCAUGCAGCGACUUGGAUUCACUCCCAGUGUGACCAUAGAGCAGAGGAAACUGGCUGUGGAUCUAGCAGAGGUGAUCAUCAAGUGGGAACUGCAGAGGAUCAAAGAUCAACAGCCGGAGACCGAGGCUGACACGGGUGCGGGCGGAGAGGGGACCAGCGGUGUCGGGGUGAAGAGGGCCCUUGACAGGGGAGCCGCGGCAACUGGACAAGACGUCAAAAGGUUCCGCACUGCCACUGGGGCUGCCUCCACGGUAUUUGGUCGCAGUCAGUCCCUGCCUGGCACAGAGACCAUGCUCACUAAACCUGUGGAAAAGCAACAUACGGACACUGUGGUCAACUUCCUCAUCAGGAUUGCGUGCCAGGUGAAUGACAGCACCAAUGUGGCUGGGUCGCCGGGGGAGCUGCUGUCCCGCCGCUGUGUCAGCCUGAUGAAGACUGCCCUCAGGCCCGACAUGUGGCCCCGCGCCGAACUCAAGCUGCAGUGGUUUGACAAGCUGCUCAUGACAGUGGAACAGCCAGCCCAAGCCAAUAUUUCCAACAUCUGCACUGGGCUGGAGAUCCUGUGCUUCCUCCUGUCCGUGCUGCAGUCCCCCGCCAUCUUGGCCCACUUCAAGCCUCUCCAGAGGGGCAUCGCUGCGUGCAUGACCUGUACCAAUACUAAAGUGCUGCGGGCAGUCCACUCCCUCCUCUCUCGCCUCAUGAGUAUCUUCCCCACUGAGCCCAGCUCAUCUACUGUAGCAUCAAAGUAUGAAGAACUGGAGUGCCUGUACGCUGCUGUGGGCAAAGUUAUCUACGAGGGACUUACCAACUAUGAAAAAGCCACAAGCAACACAAACCCCACACAACUUUUCGGAACGCUUAUGAUUCUGAAGUCGGCCUGCAGUUACAAUGCCAGCUACAUCGACCGGCUCAUCUCUGUGUUCAUGCGCUCACUGCAGAAGAUGGUACGGGAACACCUGAGCCCCCAGCAGGCCAAUCCAGGGGUCACAGAGACCAGCACAGUGACAAGUGAGCUGGUUAUGUUGAGCCUGGAUCUGGUGAAGACUCGUCUCUCUGUGAUGAGUAUGGAAAUGAGGAAGAACUUUAUCCAGGUCAUUCUAACCUCUCUCAUCGAGAAGUCACCUGAUCCUAAAAUCCUCCGGGCUGUGGUCAAAAUUGUUGAGGAGUGGGUGAAAAACAAUUCGCCAAUGGCUGCGAAUCAGAUGCCCAACCUGCGUGAGAAGUCCAUCUUGCUGGUGAAGAUGAUGACCUACAUAGAGAAGCGCUUCCCCGAUGAGCUGGAGUUAAAUGCUCAGUUCUUGGACCUCGUUAAUUACGUCUACAGGGAUGAGAGUCUCUCAGGAAGUGACAUCACAUCCAAACUUGAGCCUGCCUUCCUCUCGGGACUGCGCUGCUCUCAGCCCAUGAUCAGGGCCAAGUUCUUUGAGGUCUUUGAUGCGUCCAUGAAGAGACGGGUCUAUGAAAGACUACUGUACAUCUGCUGCUCUCAGAACUGGGAGGCCAUGGGCAGCCACUUCUGGAUCAAACAGUGCAUUGAGCUACUGUUGGCUGUGUGCGAGCGAAACACCAUCAUAGGCACCAGCUGUCAGGGAUCAAUGCUACCUUCUAUCACGAAUGUCAUCAACCUGGCUGACAGCCAUGACCGCGCCGCCUUUGCCAUGGCAACACGCAUCAAGCAGGAGCCACGUGAGCGAGAGAACAGCGAGACUAAGGAGGAGGAUGUAGAGAUCGACAUAGAGUUGGCACCAGGCGACCAGACGGCCAUUCCAAAGACUAAGGAACAGGCCGAGAGAGACGCAGGCAACCAACUGCACAUGCUCACCAACCGCCAUGACAAGUUCCUCGACUCACUGCGUGAGGUGAAGACUGGGGCUCUGCUAAAUGCUCUGGUCCAACUUUGCCACAUCUCCACACCACUGGCUGAGAGGAGCUGGGUUCAACUCUUCCCUCGCCUCUGGAAGAUCCUCUCUGACCGCCAGCAACAUGCGCUCUCGGGAGAGAUGAGUCCGUUCCUGUGCAGUGGCAGUCACCAGGCUCAGAGGGACUGUCAGCCCAGUGCCCUCAACUGUUUUGUGGAGGCCAUGUCUCAGUGCGUGCCCCCCAUCCCUAUCCGGCCCUGUGUGCUCAAAUACCUGGGCAAGACUCACAACCUGUGGCUCCGCUCCACUCUGAUGCUGGAGCAACAAGCCUUUGAGAAGGGCCUGAGCAUUCACAGCAAGCCCAAACAGAGCACUGAGUUCUAUGAGCAGGAGAGCAUCACUCCUCCACAACAGGAGAUUUUGGACUCCUUGGCAGAACUCUACUCCCUGCUUCAGGAGGAGGACAUGUGGGCUGGUCUGUGGCAAAAAAGAUGCAAGUUUCCUGAGACAGCCACUGCCAUUGCCUAUGAGCAACAUGGCUUCUUUGAACAGGCCCAAGAAAGCUAUGAAAAAGCAAUGGAGAAGGCUAGAAAAGAGCACGAGAGGAGCAACGUGUCCCCUGCCAUCUUCCCUGAGUACCAGCUCUGGGAGGACCACUGGAUACGCUGUUCUAAGGAAUUGAACCAGUGGGAGCCAUUGACAGAAUAUGGACAAUCUAAAGGACACUCCAACCCUUAUCUAGUGCUGGAGUGUGCCUGGAGAGUUUCCAAUUGGACUGCCAUGAAGGAAGCUCUGGUACAGGUGGAGCUGAGCUGUCCCAAAGAGAUGGCCUGGAAGGUGAACAUGCACCGUGGGUACCUGGCCAUCUGUCACCCAGAGGAGCAGCAGCUCAAUUACAUCGAGCGCCUGGUGGAAAUGGCUUCUAGCCUGGCCAUCCGCGAGUGGAGAAGACUACCUCACAUCGUGUCACACGUGCACACCCCCCUGCUGCAGGCUGCACAACAAAUCAUUGAGCUCCAGGAAGCUGCCCAAAUCAAUGCCGGACUUCAGCCAGCCAACUUGGGCCGCAACACCAGCCUCCACGACAUGAAAACUGUGGUGAAAACCUGGAGGAACCGCCUGCCCAUAGUGUCUGAUGACCUGUCCCACUGGAGCAGUAUCUUCAUGUGGCGCCAGCAUCACUACCAAGCGAUCGUGACAGCAUAUGAAACCAACACACAGCAUGAUCCCAAUAACAACAAUGCAAUGCUGGGAGUACAUGCGUCAGCCUCUGCCAUCAUUCAGUAUGGCAAAAUUGGACGUAAACAGGGGUUGGUGAAUGUAGCGCUGGACAUCCUCAGCCGUAUUCACACCAUCCCUACAGUGCCCAUUGUGGACUGCUUCCAGAAGAUCAGACAGCAAGUCAAAUGUUACUUGCAGCUAGCGGGUGUCAUGGGAAAGAAUGAAUGUAUGCAGGGGCUGGAAGUGAUUGAGUCGACUAAUUUGAAGUAUUUCACCAAAGAGAUGACAGCUGAGUUCUACGCACUCAAGGGCAUGUUUCUAGCUCAGAUCAACAAGUCAGAGGAGGCAAACAAGGCUUUCUCCGCCGCUGUGCAGAUGCAUGACGUCCUGGUGAAGGCUUGGGCCAUGUGGGGGGAUUACCUGGAGAACAUUUUUGUCAAAGAUCGGCAGCUCCACCUGGGCGUGUCUGCCAUCACCUGUUACCUCCACGCCUGUCGACACCAGAAUGAGAGCAAGUCACGCAAAUACUUGGCCAAGGUGUUAUGGCUAUUAAGCUUCGAUGACAAGAACACCCUGGCAGAUGCUGUGGAUAAAUACUGCAUUGGAGUACCGCCCAUUCAGUGGCUGGCCUGGAUCCCACAGCUCCUCACCUGUUUACUCCUCACCUGUUUAGUGGGUUCAGAAGACAAACCUCUGCUCAAUCUGAUCAGUCAGGUGGGACGAGUGUACCCCCAGGCGGUGUACUUCCCCAUACGCACUCUGUACCUGACACUGAAGAUCGAGCAGAGGGAGCGCUACAAAAGUGAUGCCUCUGGGCAGCAGCAACCCAGUUCGGUGGGAGCCCAGCCCCACUCCGGAGGCUCUGACCCUGGCCCCAUCAGAGCCACAGCUCCCAUGUGGCGCUGCAGCCGCAUCAUGCACAUGCAGAGGGAGCUGCACCCCACCCUGCUCUCCUCUCUGGAGGGCAUCGUGGACCAGAUGGUGUGGUUCAGGGAGAACUGGCAUGAAGAGGUAUUGAGGCAGCUUCAGCAGGGCCUGGCUAAAUGCUACUCAGUUGCCUUUGAGAAAAGUGGAGCGGUGUCUGAUGCUAAGAUCACGCCGCACACACUGAACUUUGUGAAGAAGCUGGUGAGCACUUUCGGUGUGGGCCUGGAAAACGUGUCCAACGUGUCCACUAUGUUCUCCAGCGCCGCCUCAGAGUCCCUGGCACGACGUGCCCAGGCCACUGCACAGGACCCUGUUUUCCAGAAAAUGAAAGGACAAUUCACUACAGACUUUGACUUCAGCGUGCCCGGCUCCAUGAAGCUUCACAACCUCAUCUCCAAACUGAAGAAGUGGAUCAAAAUCUUGGAGGCCAAGACCAAGCAGCUGCCCAAGUUUUUCCUCAUUGAAGAGAAAUGCCGCUUCCUCAGCAACUUCUCUGCGCAGACAGCUGAGGUGGAGAUCCCCGGGGAGUUCCUCAUGCCCAAACCUACGCACUACUACAUCAAAAUUGCCAGAUUCAUGCCCAGAGUUGAAAUCGUGCAGAAGCACAACACCGCUGCGCGUCGCCUCUACAUCCGUGGACACAAUGGAAAGAUCUACCCAUAUCUGGUGAUGAAUGAUGCCUGCCUCACCGAGUCCCGCAGAGAGGAGAGGGUUCUCCAGCUCCUCCGCCUCCUCAACCCAUGUCUGGAGAAGAGGAAGGAAACCACCAAGAGACACCUGUUCUUCACUGUGCCCCGUGUGGUGGCAGUGUCACCUCAGAUGCGGCUGGUGGAGGACAACCCUUCGUCUUUGUCACUGGUGGAAAUCUACAAACAGCGCUGUGCCAAAAAGGGGAUCGAGCAUGACAACCCCAUUUCAAGAUAUUAUGACCGCCUGGCUACUGUGCAAGCCAGGGGCACCCAAGCAAGCCACCAGGUCUUGAGGGACAUCCUAAAAGAGGUCCAAGGAAACAUGGUACCACGGAGCAUGCUGAAGGAGUGGGCUCUUCACACUUUCCCCAACGCCACAGAUUACUGGACAUUCCGUAAGAUGUUCACCAUCCAGCUGGCUCUCAUCGGUCUGGCCGAGUUCAUGCUCCACCUUAACAGGCUGAACCCCGAGAUGCUGCAGAUAGCACAGGACACGGGCAAGCUCAAUGUCUCCUACUUUCGCUUUGACAUAAAUGAUGCCACUGGGGACCUGGAUGCUAAUCGGCCUGUUCCUUUCCGCUUGACUCCCAACAUCUCAGAGUUCUUGACCACUAUCGGAGUCUCCGGUCCCCUCACCGCGUCCAUGAUCGCUGUGGCACGCUGCUUUGCACAACCAAAUUUCAAGGUUGAUGGUAUUCUGAAAGCAGUCCUUCGAGACGAGAUCAUCGCUUGGCACAAAAAAACACAGGAAGACACCUCUAUGCCCCUGUCUCCAGCCGGCCAGCCAGAGAACAUGGACUCACAGCAGCUCGUCUCAUUGGUCCAGAAGGCUGUCACCGCCAUCAUGACCCGUCUCCACAACCUGGCGCAGUUUGAGGGGGGCGAGAGUAAAGUCAACACCCUGGUUGCCGCAGCCAACAGCCUGGACAACCUGUGCCGCAUGGACCCCGCAUGGCACCCGUGGCUAUAGGUAGAACACAAGUGUUGAUGUGAAGAUUUGUAGAAAGAUCAGAUUACAUACUGCGGGUAGGCCUUUCUGUAGAUAUAAGGCCCUGACAUGUUUAAUGGUCUGAAACUGAAGCUUGGGCAUUAGGAAAACAUGAUCUAGAUUCAAGUUGAAAGCCUUUUACUGUCAUGAUAUGAAUUGACAAAUUAGAAGGCAAUUUACCAGGAUGCUGAAUACAAUGUAAUACAAAGGAUAUUUUAUUGAAUGUUUUGUUUUUCAACUUGUAUUUAUUUUUCUACAUUAAUGGGGUGAUUCAGUAAUGUGAAUAAGGCAAAAAUUUUCUGUCUGAUUGUAACGUUAAAAUGUUAAUCUUAUUUUUUUAUUAUUAUUAUUAUUCUUUUUUUUUUUUUUUUACAAGAAACAGCCGUAUGUAUAUUGCCCAACUGGUGGAAAAACUUGUUGAAAUGUGAAUGGAUGGUACUCUUUUUUUACACAAUGCAAACCUAAAAUUAAAACUUAUCCAGUAUUAAAAACAUUGCAUCUUCAUGUCUUUUUCCCUCUUGAUUUGUUGGUGAGAAAUCAAAAGAAGUCAAGCCUUUAGGGCAGGUUUGGCACUGUAAUAUAACAGCUGUGAUGCAAAUUGUCAUUCCCAAGUUAGUUAUGUAAGCAUUACCCCUUUUGUAAUGUACAACGCUUUUGUGCAGGUGUUGUCUAUUCUCCUUUGUAAAUAGGCAUUUUGUUUUAAUAAAAUGCUCUUUUUUACACUG